AUGGACACACAAAAGUCACAUUCGCGCAGAAGAAGCGGGAGUGCUGCCUUAGCGAACUCGACUUCCGGCGCACCGCCGCACACGCAGGAGGAAGGGAAAUCAGCAUCGGAAUCAGACCAGUCCACAGACAUGGAGAUGUCGUCCAUUCACUCCUCAGACGCAGAGGACCUGACAGAAGACGAAGAGACCGGUCUCACAGAAACAGAGCGCAAGAAGCGGCGGCGGCGGAAGAGACAAGAUGCAGAACCAGCGAAUCGAAUAGCAGGAGACACGAAUCUCCAAGCAGCAGAAGAGAAGGGCAUCGCAAAAGCAACAAUGAUCCGAAGACUGGCGAUCAAUGGACUAUUGAUCGGACUAUGGUACAGCUUUUCGAUAUCCAUUUCCGUCUACAACAAAUGGAUGUUCAGUGCCGACAUGCUGGACUUCCAUUUCCCACUCUUCACGACGAGUUUACACAUGCUCGUGCAAUUCUCUCUGUCAUCAGCAGUCAUAUUCUUCCUUCCGCAAUUCCGACCGGGACGAGAUGGAACGAAAAUCAAAAAGGAUACACACGAAUACCAACGAGUUGGCGACGAAUCACAACAACACCACCAACAACAACAACAGCCACCAGAAGACCCCGCGACCAAGAAACCUUUGAUGACCAAAUCCUUCUACCUAACCCGAAUAACCCCCUGCGGAACCGCCACAGCCCUGGACAUCGGCCUAGGAAACUUCUCGCUGCGGUUCAUAUCCCUAACAUUCUUCACAAUGUGCAAAUCCUCCGUCCUAGCCUUCGUCCUCCUCUUCGCCUUCAUUUUCCGCCUGGAAUCCCCAACCUGGAAACUCUGCGCCGUAAUCCUCUCCAUGACCAUCGGCGUAAUCCUGAUGGUAUCCGGCGAAGCAACCUUCAACGCCCUAGGCUUCAUCCUCGUCAUGACCGCCUCCCUCUGCUCCGGUCUCCGCUGGUCCCUAACCCAAAUCCUCCUCCUCCGAAACCCCGCAACCUCCAACCCAUUCUCCACAAUCUUCUUCCUCACACCAAGCAUGUUCCUCAUCCUCUUCCUCCUGGCACUCCCCAUCGAAGGAGUCCCCGCCGUCCUCACGGGAAUUCGCAACCUAUCCGCAGACCACAACCCUUUCCUCGCAACCCUCAUCCUCCUCUUCCCCGGCUGUCUCGCAUUCCUCAUGGUAUCAGCAGAAUUCGCGCUCCUGAAACGCACGUCCGUCGUCACGCUGUCCGUAUGCGGGAUUUUUAAAGAAGUCCUCACGAUUUCUGCCGCUUCGAUGACGUUUGGGGAUGAAUUGUCGCCGAUCAAUGUGAGCGGAUUGGUGGUGACGAUUGCGAGCAUUGCGGCGUAUAAUUGGCUGAAAUACAGUAAGAUGCGGAAGGAGGCGAAGAGGGAGGCGCAUGAGAUUUUGGAGGCGGAGAGGUUUGGUGUUGAGGGGAGGGCGGAGAGGAGGGGUUUGGAUGAGGAGGAUGAGGAUGAGGCGUUUGCUAUUGGGAGGGAUAGUACGAGUACGACUGGAAGAUUGACGAGGGAUUCACUGAAUUUGGCGACGAAUCUGGACUCUGCUGGGACAGGAGCUUCUAGCGAUGGUCUGCAUAAUGGUGGGCUGGUGCAUAGUGCCUUGAAGAGUCCGACAAAGAGACCCGAGGAUUUACAAUGAUUGGGAAAAUGGUAAUGUACGAAUGGAUCUAUGUUCUGAACUGUCUACAAAGAGCUUCAUGUCUCUGCCCUACCUUGAUCUGAUAUCGCGCAUGUCUUAUGUCACGCGCUUCAUGGCUGGAGUAGGAGAAAGUGGUACACGUUGCAAGAGUUCUUACCUUCUCUCAAGCUGCUUGAAGUCAGUAGAAUGGAAUGAAGAGAACCCUGUGGUCAGUGUAAUCUGAUCGUAGUCCUGGCAAAAUCGACGUCGAACGCGAGAUGGACGACUCGGCUCGUUCGAAGACGC